GGUCCUCCUCUGACUGCUCAGAGUCAAUCUCCACCAGGGGCAUGACACUAUCAAACUGAUUAGGCCAAAUCCUCUGAACACGAGGCCACGUUAAGAAUCUAGGAUUGAGCAGUUGCACACGCUCCAGGGAAGAAAGAGCCUUUGCUGGUCCUUCACUCAAGGCACACUCAACGUAAGGACGGAGUGAGGGGUGAAAGGGGUUCCUCUGAGAGAGCCACACCCCUCCACUCACCACGGAAUGUCCAUUCCACGUUGCAAACGCCUCUUCAAACCCAUCCAUCUGCAGUACUCGCCCUUGGCUAAAAGCAACCCUUUGGCUGGCCCUGCAGAGCUGUUCCUGGGGGCCUUCCUCCCCUGGAGCAGCCCCUCCUCCCGGAGAAGGGGCUGUUGAAGACCCCAGGGGGAGUGGGCUCCCUGCCUCCAUAACAGAACUUUCUUUGCCUGGCAACUCUGGAACCUGGCUAACUGUUGCAUCACCUCCUGUUCCGGAGGAGGCUGGGAUUCUCUUUGCUCCGCGGCGGCCGGACCUCUCUUUGCAAGAAGCCACUUUGCACCCGUCUUUCUGAGCUUGGGCAAGCCCAGGACAAUGGUCACAAUCGAGUCGGAGUCCGAUUUCUAUGACGUCUUUGAGAUUCUGGGGAAGGGCACGUUUGGGGAGGUUGUGAAGAGCUGGAAACGGAGCACUGGGGAGAUGGUUGCCAUAAAAAUCCUGAAGAAUGACUCCUACCGCAGCCGGAUCAUCAAGAACGAGUUGAAGCUGCUGCAGACCAUGUCCGAGGUGGACUCCGAGGAGUCUCACAUUGUCCAGUUCCACGAGUUCUUCCACGACGAGCUCAAGUUCUACCUAGUCUUUGAGCUCCUGGAGCAAAACCUCUUCGACUUCCAGAAAGAGCACAACUUCUCCUCGUUGCCGGUCCGGCACAUCCGCACAGUGACCAUGCAGGUGCUGAGAGCCCUGGCCAAGUUGAAAGAGCUGUCAAUCAUCCAUGCUGAUCUAAAGCCGGAGAACAUCAUGCUGGUGGACCAGGUGAGGUACCCUUUCCGGGUCAAGGUGAUUGAUUUUGGAUCGGCCAGCAUCUUCAACGAAGUGCGCUACGUCAAAGAGCCUUACAUCCAGUCCCGAUUCUACCGGGCCCCAGAAAUCUUGCUGGGGCUGCCGUUCUGCGAGAAGCUGGACAUGUGGUCCCUGGGCUGCGUGAUGGCAGAGCUGCACCUCGGCUGGCCCCUCUACCCCGGCAACAAUGAGUACGACCAGAUCCGGUACAUCUGCGAGACCCAAGGCAUGCCCAGGCCCGCCCUCCUGAAUGCAGCCCGAAAGGCCCACCUCUUCUUUAAGAGGAGCCAGCACCCCGAGGUGGUGAACUCCUGGCAGCUGAAAACCCCGGCGGAGUACCUGGCUGACACCAAAGUGAAGUCUGUGGAGAGGAGAAAGUACGUGCUCAAGUCCCUGGACCAGAUGGAGACGGUGAAUGUCCACAAGAUGAUCUACCCGGACACGGAAGCCCUGGCUGAAUACUUUGACCUCCGGAGCAUGGUGGAGCUCAUCAAACGCAUGCUGACCUGGGACUCUCACGAGCGCAUCACCCCCAGUGCAGGCCUGAAACACCCCUAUAUUUCCACCCAACCCCUGAAGCAGAACUACGACCUCACCCAGUACUACCAGUUCUGCCUGAGGAGCCUCCGGGAGUCACUGCCCAGCCACGGCAAGGCUUCCCAGGAGGAAUUGCAACAUUACAGUGCCAUGGACGAGGACCGCUUCUAUAGCCGGGAGGAAAGCGCCCACGGUCUCCAGGGCACCACCAGCCAAAUGGACGAGCUCAGCAUUGCCGAAGCCAACCGGGAGGUGCCCCUAAAGGUGUGGGGCGAAGGGCCCAGCGGGGGAGGCUACGAUCCCCUCCCGGACCCGGCCGAGGCAGUGGCCAACCGGCACAGAGUGGCCCACCAGAGUCUCCGGCUACACCAUGAGCAGGCCCAGCAGGAGCCCAUCCCGGCCUACUACCGAAGCCGGCCCGGCAGCCCCAGGCACCACAAGGCUUCUCGCCACAUGAAGCCAGACCCCAGCUUUGAGAACCUGAUUCUUCUGGGGCAGUACACCCCGGAAGACCCCCCCGGCUGGGAGAAGGAGAGCAAUGCCAGCGCCGCUUCCUUGCCAGAAUCUGGUGCCCGGGAGGAGGCGAGUUACCCCAAAGGCCUGGUCCUCUCACCCACCACACAGCACGGGCAGUCAGAGGUCUUUGAACCGGCCGUGCCGCUGCCCGGGCCAAACCCCUGGCUGCCCAGUGAGGACUGGCUGGCCGAACACGGCAUGGAAAGAGUCCCACUCAAGGCCGUGCUGCACGCCCCCCGGAACCGCCACCAGCUGCAGCCCUACCUGCAACACGUUGCCAGCCACCACUAG